AACGGGGUGCCUCAUGUGUAGAUAAUCAAACCUUAUUUUAGACUAGUUACAAGAAGAUCUAACAGAUCUUCGAGGUGACUAGCACCAGCAUGUGGAGUGUUACAUAAUCAUCGCCUAUUACUUGAGACCUCAGGGGUAGUUUCUGCCAAUGACAAGCUGGUUAGGUAGCCAGCCUUCCGACUUCCAACCGUCUCAGCUAUUCUAUUCUACAUACCUACCUAACCUUAGGUACCUCACAUCUUAAUCAAUUGACUAUGGAGAUAUUCACCGCCCUGCGCAUCCUCUUAAAACUAGCGGAGAUUUGGAUUCCGGGCGACGAUAAAUUCAUGAAUUCAAUCAAGCAAAAUAAGGGUACGGAGCCCGACUCCUAUUGUGGAUGCAGUUCAUCCUUGCCGACCCUAGGUCCAUGGCCGGGCCACACAUAUAAGAUUCGAGAUCCGGAGACGAAACGACAAAUCACUCUCGUGAAUGGGGAGCUUCGGGUGGAGAAGGACUUGGGCGACCAAGGAGGUUAUCAUUGGGUAUGCAUAGAGAGGGAUGGAUACCUAGGAUUUCUCAGCCCUACCACCCACGUAUACAUGGGUCACAACAAUUGGGGACAGUUCGUAGCCCGGGAGUAUCACCACUGGGCUUGGGAGUUCUUUAACACAAGGGCGCAUCCGGAUGGAGGCCAGGUGUUGCUGACAGUUCAUGGAAACAAGAUGCGGAAAAUGGCAAUCCAGAAAGGAACGUGGAAGCUGGUGGAGACCGAAGGGGAGGGAACGGCAUGGGAGUUCGUGGAGGUCCGCACCGAAAGUGAUUAGGAAUGCAGAUCCGGCUUCUGCUAUGGGUUGCUUGUCGAAUUCGUCGCUAAAGAUUAGAGACACUAGUAUGAUAACCCUUUAUUACAUAUUUUGAGGGGCUUUCAUAGUGACAAAGAGGCCACUGAAGCUUGAGUUCGCUAUGAAUAAAUACCUCCUACACCUUAGCCUUGACUCUCUAGUAAUUGAUCGAUCAUAGGAGAAGCUAUCUCAGGUUAAGUAUGCAACAAGAGAAUAUAAACACCGACAACGUAAUUACUAAUGAAUAUUUACUCUUAGAGAUACUAGAAGAUAUAGUCUUAUAUUCUAGACGAACAUUGUUCUGGUUGGGACUUUCAUUGCGUUCGCCCAGCCAAGUCUAUAGCCGGGUGUAAGUAAUAAGUUAGCU